AUGCAGGACCUUAGGAGACUUUUGUCCCUCAUCACACCUCCUGUGUCCACACAUCAGGUUACAGUCCUUGGCCCAUCCAAGGCAAACAAGCCUCAGAAACCCCUCAGUUUAAAUGAGAGCAGCAGAAAAACUAUGAGGUACAUUGAUACAGAGGCCACUGAACUAGAGAAUUUCAGUGUGACCUACAGAAACCAGAGAUGUUUUAGCAAUCACCUUCAUCACAAGCUCUUCUUGGACAUCUUCACUUGUAUAGUAAGAAACAGACUUAGCCAAAGUGAAUGGAUGGAACAUUCUUCACCAGAGAACAUUCUAAGGAUACUUAUCUGUUUGCGGUUGUUAAUACGAGAACCACUUUAUCAGAAAGUUUUCCAUGAGCUUCGAGGUUUUGAGCAUCUCUCAACGUACAUGAGUGAAGUCUCCAAACAGUACUUGGAAUGUGGAGAACAAACAUUAGCAACAGAACAAUUGGUCACAAUGACAUAUAUGUUUCAGAAAUUAUCUGCUGUUGAGGAGCAGAGACAGAGGGUUAUUGAAUGUGGAGCACAUAAGACUCUGGUGAGGCUCCUGUCGACACGAGACAGCAGUGUGCUGUUAGGAUCUCUCCUGGCCCUCACCACUCUGGCUGAGAGUCCAGAAUGUAAGGAGAGCAUUGGAGAGCUUUCAGUGGUAGAAAGUCUUCUUGUCGUCUUGCAGGAAUAUGAUAUGCUGUCAAAGAGGAUAAGUGCGGAGCUACUGCGGUUGCUCUGUCCAGUUCGGCAGGUACGGGAACAGGUGAGGGCAUGUGACGGGGUCCCAGUGUUGCUCAGUCUCUUGCAUGCGGACCAUCUGAAGCUGCUGUGGAGCGUCGUUUGGGUCUUGGUUCAGCUCUGUCAGGAUCCGGACACCAGCUCCGAGAUCCGGGCCUGGGGAGGUGUACAACAGCUCCUUCGCAUCCUUCACACCGAGAGGGCGUACGUGUCCGACCGCUCCUCCAUCGACACACUCUCGAGUGCUAAUGCUUCUGGUCGCGUGCAGAGACAGCAUGUGUCUGGGGACGUGAGCCUGCAGGAUAAACUGGAGGAUACGAUGUCAUUACAGGCUGCGUGCUGUGCAGCAAUAACAGAGCUUGUUCUUGAUGACACCACGGCACAUCAUGUGGUUCAGGAAAAUGGGGUCUACAUCAUAGGAAAAUUGGUCUUGCCACAAAGCUCACAUACUGGACCAAAAGCUAAAUCUUUACAGUGUUAUGCUUUCAGGACCUUACGCUUUCUUUUCAGUAUGGAACGAAACAGACAUCUUUUUAAACGAGUGUUUUCUACAGAGCUCUUUGAGAUGUUUAUCGAUGUGGGACAUUACGUUCGAGACAUCACCGCUUAUGAGGCACUGCAGGAAAAAGUGUCUCUCCUCUCGGACGAGGAACUGGCCGGUCUGAGGGAAGGUAUUGAGACUGUUAACCAGAACAGGUCUCCUCUUAAACUGAUCAACGGCUAUGCCAUUCUAGACCAUCUUGGCAGUGGUGCCUUUGGUAGUGUGUACAAGGUUCGUAAGCAGAAUGGGCAGAACUUUCUGGCUCUGAAGGAGGUGAACCUUCACAAUCCGGCUUUUGGCAAAGAUAAGAAGGCUAGAGACAGUAGUGUAGAGAGGAUAGUUUCCGAACUCACCAUCAUAAAGGAACAGAUGGCACAUCCAAACAUUGUCAGGUACUUCAAGACGUUCUUAGAAUGUGACAGACUUUAUAUCGUCAUGGAGCUUAUAGAGGGAGCCACACUGGCCGACCAUUUUAAUUCCCUCAGAGAAAAACAGCAGCAAUUCACAGAGGAGAGAGUCUGGAACAUAUUCGUACAGGUUUGUCUUGCACUGAGGUACCUGCACAAGGAGAAAAGGAUCAUCCAUCGAGAUCUCACGCCCAACAAUAUCAUGCUUGGAGAGAGAGAUAAAGUCACAAUCACGGAUUUUGGUCUUGCCAAACAGAAACAGGAGAACAGUAAGCUGAUGUCGGUUGUUGGAACAAUAUUGUAUUCCUGCCCAGAGAUAGUGAAGAGUGAACCGUAUGGGGAAAAGGCAGACAUCUGGGCCAUUGGCUGCAUCCUUUAUCAGAUGAUCACCCUCAGGCCGCCUUUCUACAGCACCAACAUGCUCUCUCUGGCCACAAAGAUUGUGGAGGCUGUUUACGAUCCGGUGGAAGAUGGCAACUUCUCGCAGAGAGUCACUGAUAUGAUUAGAUGGUGUUUGACCCCAGAGGCAGACAAGCGCCCCGAUAUCGUGGAGGUUGGCUCUAAAAUCUCUGACAUCAUGAUGAAGUUCAUGGACAGUCUGUGCACAUCCCAGAAUGCACUGGAGCGAAGGGCAGAACGUGACAGGAAACGGGCACAGAAGUACUUCCUGGAAAGCAACAGGGUCAGACUGACUUCCUCAGUAACAGUUCAGGGAAUGGGCGUGAGAGAGCACGAGGCCGCCCUUCCGGAAAGCACCGCGUCUCACAGCUCGAAGGCCAUUCCCACCCCCGGGACAGACGGAGGGUCAGCCAAGAACAUUGUUAACUGUUCUGUGAAAUGUGAACAAAACUUAGCAUGUGGGGAUUUUCAGAGGCCCAAAACUCGUCCAGCGUCAGCUGGAAUCUGCGUAUCCCAAAAGAAAGUUCGACAGAUCGAUGAUCCAGUCCAAAGACUCUUGGGACUGCUUCAUAAAAUUCUUUUCAUAUGCCAGCUUCCUCCUGCUCCUCAUCAGGAUGUCAGACGUCGUGCGAUAGAAAGGUUUAAGAAAGCUCUCUUCCACUAUGGAAGCAGUCCGUCUCAUUUAAAAGUGGAGCUGAACAAGGUGCUCCAGGGCAGUGUAGAUCAGGUGGAGUCAGCCUCUUCGAGCAGAGAGUGGUGGUCAUUGCUCCAUUCUUUCGGCGGAGACCUCCGCUCCGCUGAGAACCAUGGUGACUCUGGUUACUCAGCUCUGCAGGAGGGGAUAACGUAUGAGCAGAUGCAGGGAAUGAUAGAGGAAGUUUUGGAAGAACAUGGAUAUUAUGACUCAUCGUUGGCCAGGUACCAUUUGGCAUUGGGCUAUUCUGAAGAAAACAACAACAAAAAAAAAGGUUUUGUUAACAUUUCUUAUUAG